UCUGUUGCAGGAACCUGUCAGAAGUACACCCUUGAGGGAGGGAACUGUUGGUGGUACAACAAGAUAAACGGCUACUGUAGCUGUGAGCCUGGCACCGAAUGUAACGCGUACGAGAUUCCCAUUAUUUCACGUAGAAGAAGUGAACGGGGCUUGCCUAGGACGAGCCCUGGUUAUGAGUGGCGCUGGAAAUGUAAAAGA